GGUUGAAGGCAGGAAAGGCCCGAAAGGAGAGAGAUGUGAGGACUACAUAAACAUCUCAUUAGCAUUCUCUCUUUGCCCACCGCACAACAACAAUCUCUUCUCUUUCUCUUUCUCUUUCUCUUCCUUCUCACACAGUCCACACCUCUAUCUCACUCAAUGGAAGGAGAAGGAUCCGGUGUGGUUACCGUCUACGGCAACGGUGCCAUCACGGAAACCAAGAAGUCCCCCUUCUCCGUCAAAGUCGGCCUCGCCCAGAUGCUCAGGGGCGGUGUCAUCAUGGAUGUUGUCAACGCCGACCAGGCCCGCAUCGCCGAAGAGGCCGGGGCCUGCGCGGUCAUGGCCCUCGAGCGGGUACCCGCCGACAUCCGGGCCCAGGGUGGUGUGGCCCGCAUGAGCGACCCACAGCUGAUCAAGGAAAUCAAGCGGGCCGUUACCAUCCCCGUGAUGGCAAAGGCCCGCAUCGGACACUUCGUGGAGGCCCAGAUCCUGGAGGCCAUCGGCAUCGACUACGUCGACGAGAGCGAGGUUCUCACACUGGCCGAUGACGCAAAUCACAUCAACAAACACAACUUCCGCAUCCCCUUUGUAUGCGGCUGCCGCAACCUCGGGGAAGCCCUCCGCCGCAUCCGCGAGGGCGCCGCCAUGAUCCGCACCAAGGGCGAGGCAGGCACCGGCAACAUCAUCGAGGCCGUGCGUCACGUCCGCUCUGUGAUGAGCGACAUUAGGGUUCUCCGCAACAUGGACGACGACGAAGUUUUCACCUUCGCCAAGAACAUUGCCGCGCCCUACGACCUUGUCAUGCAGACCAAGCAGCUUGGCCGCCUUCCCGUCGUCCACUUCGCCGCAGGUGGCGUCGCCACUCCCGCCGAUGCCGCCCUCAUGAUGCAGCUUGGCUGCGAUGGCGUCUUCGUCGGCUCCGGCGUCUUCAAGAGCGGUGACCCUGCCAAACGUGCUAGAGCCAUUGUUCAGGCCGUCACUCAUUACAGCGACCCUGAGGUUUUGGCUGAGGUCAGUUGCGGCUUGGGUGAAGCCAUGGUUGGAAUCAAUUUGAGCGAUAGCAACGUUGAGAGGUUCGCCAAUCGUUCAGAAUGAUUCUUCUUUUUUCUUGGGUCUUGUUUCUCAGAUUCAAUCUGGAUUAAGGUUUUACUAGUGGUUUUAGUUGGUUCUUAUUUUAUUUUGGUAAGAAUAAUGUUAUGCUUUUGUUGUUAUGAACUGUGUCAAAAAAAUAAAUAAAAAAAUUAGAUAGCUAUUGGUGUCUGCCUUGUAAUGUGCUGAUACAAUAUUCAGCUUUGUGGUACUAUAUUGUCCACUUAGUUUUUUCAUGGUAUACUAGGAUCGAAUAAUUCUUGUUUUAUUCAAUCCUAUUUUUUA